AUGGGUUACAACUACAAGAUUCGGUACAAACCAACACAACAACAUGGAAAUGCUGAUGGUUUGUCAAGACUACCUGCUGGUGAAGAUAAAUCAUUCGUCGAUGAUGAAUCUAUUCAAGUAAACCGAAUUCAAGCUCAAGUUGUAGAAGAAGGUCCUGUUGAUUCAAGAGAAAUUCAAGCAGCAGUAGAUGCUGAUCAACAUCUUCAAUUGAUAAAGAAAUUUGUACUAAAUCAAUGGCCAAAUUCAAUAACAAGAAAAAACAAUCCGGAUUUAUUUUCAUAUUUUACUCUUCGACAAUCAUUAUCAGUGGCACAUGGAUGUAUCCUGAAAGACACACAAGUGAUUAUACCAAAAUCAUUACAACUUCGUGUUAUAAAAAUGAUUCAUCGUGGACAUCUUGGUGUUGUAAAAAUGAAACAAUUAGCACGUGUUCACUGCUGGUGGCCAAAAAUGGAAAUGGACAUUGAAUUUAUAGCAAAGUCAUGCAAAACUUGUGCUGCAACAGCACCUAAACCAAAAGAAGAUUUCAAACCAUGGCCCGAACCAGAUCAUAAUUGGUCUCGUGUACACAUGGAUUUUCUAGGUCCUUUAUGGAAUUCAAAAUGGUUAGUAAUGGUUGAUGCAAAAUCAAAAUUUCCUUUUGUAGCAGACAUGGGAAACGAUACAAGUGCAAAGAAUCUUUGUAAUGUACUUGAACAAGCUAUCGAUUGGCUAGGUCCACCAACAACAUUGGUAUCUGAUAAUGGUCCACCAUUCACCAGUUUCGAAAUGAAUGAAUUUUAUAAAAAGUAUGGAAUACAAAAUAUCACCACAGCACCGUACCAUCCUCCUAGCAAUGGAAUUGCUGAAAGAUUUGUUAGAUCUUUCAAGGAAGGUAUGAUCAAGGAACAAGAAUCAGGUCAAACAAAUAAAUCAAUUGCAUUAAGAAACGUCUUAAGAACCUAUCGUUGGACACCUCAUACAACAACUGGCAUUCCUCCAGCUGAAGCACUUUUUCAAAGACCAAUUCGAACUGAUUUAGCACGAUUACAUCCAAAUCUAACAACAUCAAUACCUAUACAAACAAGCAAAUAUGAUGUUAGACAAGAUAUUUGGAUGAUGAACCAUCAACGGAACAAAAAGUUUGAAUGGAAAUCAGGUGUUAUUAAGAAAAAAAUAGGUUCAAUGAUGUAUCAAAUUGAAUUGGAAAAUGGACAAACUUGUGUACGUCAUCAAAAUCAACUUCGAUUACGACAAGAAUCCAACAAUCAAUCAAUCGAUCUAGAUGCUCUACCAGAUGAUCUUUUAAACCGCAACAAACCAACAACUUCUGAUCAACAACAAACAUCUCAACAAUCACCUCGUUACCCACGUCGACAACGGCGACCACCUGAUCGUUUUACACCGUCGUAA